CUGCACUGAUGGGCACUGAAAGGCAGCACUGAUACAUGGCACUGAUAGGCGGCAUUGACUGGCACUGUUAGGCGGCACUGAUGGGUGACAUUGAAAGGCAGCUCAGAUGGGCACUGAUAUGUGGCAUUGAUGUGCACUGGUAUGCACUGAUAUGUGGCACUGAUGGGCACUGGCACGUGGCACUGAUGACCACUGACACGUGGCACUUCUGGGGCCACACUGAUCAUCACUGUCCGCGUGACAGCUCGAGGGGAGAGAAAUGCCGAUAACCGGCAUU